CCCCGUGUGCUUCCGCUGCUCCGAAGUUGUGGUAGUUUUCUCUCAGGUCUGCCCGAUGAGUUCACUUCAUUUAGAAAGUUUGAGAGCGCGAUGAGCGGACAGACGGUCCCCGCGGACUUCACCGGUCACAUGUUGGACCUGGACGAGGACGAAGACCUGGAGGUUUUCAGCAAGAACACAUCCCUGGCAGAUGGAAGCUCCAUGCCCAACUCUCCCAGCUCCAUGGUCAACCAGUACAGACUGGAGGAGGAUGAGGAAGGGCAGCAGGACACUAACACCAAAGACAUCUUCAUCACUGUCGACAACCCGGAGAGCCAUGUCACUGCCAUCGAGACCUUCAUCAUGUACAGGGUCCUGACCAAGACUACGCGGAGUGAGUUUGACUCCAGUGAGUAUGAGGUACUCCGACGCUACCAGGACUUCUUGUGGCUCAGGAGCAGACUGGAGGAAAACCACCCGACACUCAUUGUCCACCCGCUGCCGGAGAAGUUUGUGAUGAAAGGCAUGGUGGAACGAUUCAACGACGACUUCAUCGAGACCAGGAGGAAAGCUCUGCACCGUUUCCUCAACAAGAUCUCUGAGCAUCCCAUCCUGUCCUUCAGCCAGCACUUCAACGUCUUCCUCACCGCACAGGAGCUGACGUCCCACAAGAAACAGGGUCCAGGCUUCUUGAGCAGGAUGGGAGAAACGGUGAGGUCAGUGGCCAACUCGGUACGAGGCCUGAAGAGCCGCCCAGAGGAGUUCACUUUUAUGCAGGAGUAUGUGGAGGACUUCAGCAACAAGAUCUGUUCUGUGGACAAAGUCACCCAGAGGAUUAUCAAAGAACAGAGAGAGUAUCUGGAUGAGCUGAAGCAGUAUGGCCCCGUGUAUGUCCAGUGGGCAGGGUCAGAGGGGGACUUGGGGGAACCCUUGAAGGCCGUGGCCAGCUGUGUGGAACGCUGCAGUAAGGAAACCGAAGAGAACAACCAGCAUCUGUCUGAGGUCCUGGCCCCUGCCCUGCACGAGUACAUCCUGUGUGCUGAGACACUGAAGACUGUGAUGAGACGCAGAGACAACGUCCAGGCUGAGUUUGAAGCCAAGAAUGAGGCUCUGGCUUCCAGAAAAGGUGAACAAGAGGAACUGCAGGAUGAGGUGGAUGGUCUGUCCGACCGGAUGGAGAUGGCUAAUGAUGCCUUGAAGGGAGACUGGUUCCGCUGGAAGAACAGCAUGAGAACUGACCUCAGAUCAGCCUUUAUUUCCACCGCAGAGAAGAACGUGGACUACUAUGAGAAGUGCCUGGCUGUGUGGGAGUCAUUCCUCCUGUCGCAGAGAGUGGAACCUAGUGAGCAGCGAGAUGGGGAAGAUGUUUCCUAAAGUGUGGAAGAAAAUCUAGUUCCUGUCCUGUUUAUCCACCAGAACCUCCAAAGUACAGACUUUGAACCAAUGUCCACUUAUGCAAAUAUGCAUCAUGUACGAAACAAGCACUCUCUCUCUCUUUCUCUCUCUCUCUUUCUCUCUGGCCAAAGAGUUAAAUCCUAGUUUAACCAUUCCAGUGAUAAUUGGACAUCACGAAAAAAACAAAAAAUACACACUGUGAUCUAAAGUACCAAACAUAUUCCUGUUUACAAUGUGUAUGGCCAAAAAUUAAAAGAAGACUCUUGGCUCUUCUGACUCCACUUUGCUGUGUUUGUGGUGAUGCAUCUUUGAUACAAACUACAAACAACAUAGUGCCACUUUGAAACAUUUCCCUCCAAUGUGGAAGAUGAAGAACUGUGUCUCAUUGAUGUCUCCUUUCUUCUGCUUCUUUUUUGGGCACAAGCCAAAAGAUCUGAACGUGAAAUUAAGAAGUCCCGCUCUCAACCUAAAAGAGCGUGCUUUAGGUAAACUAUGGUGCAAGUUCCAUCACAGAAGAGUCUAAAAGUUCCAAAGUAAUGUGAAAUGUGUGGGUUUGAAAACCAUAGAUAGAAGUGAGGCUGUUUGAAGUAUGAAUAAACAGAAUGUGAGUUCAACAAUAUAAUUUACCAUUAUGUUACAUUGGUUGGGUUGAAAUUUUAAGUUUGUGCUCAUUUGUUCAAACUUGGUUUUAAUGACGAAUUGACAGCACUAAUGUACUCAUUCUAAAAUCCAGGCUUCAAAAGAAAGCCCCAAUAAUUGUGACACAGCUAUUGAUACAAUUGUACUGCAUCAAUAAUACCAAUGAAACCGAACCACGUGACUGAUCAUGAUCUUUCUAACAAUAUUAUAGCAUUUGUUUUAGACACAACCACCGUUUUUUCUUAAAGUCUUAAACGGGUUACUCUCAUGGAGUUAGUAGCAUAGUUCCAGGGGACUUGUCUGUGUUCUCGAUCUUGGGAACCACAACUUCAUUCAAUGUCCCCUUUUCUUGAUUUUUCACCAUUGAUGUUUUUGUCUGUGAACUGUUCUCCAGACAGUAGCUUCAUUAAACCAGAAUUCUGUGCGUCUUUGAAACUUGAUUCUAGCGAGACUCACGGCGUAUAGACGCAUCACAUGUCAAGAUCAGACAGCAUUGUAUCGGUCCAACCUGACAGACUGUCAAGGAUGAAAAUGAGCGUCAGACAUGGCAGUUUGUCAUUUUAUCCAGUGCGGAGUGUCACAGUGGAAAACAGUCAACGCAGCAUGAGAGACAAGGCACGACAACCUAACAAAAAACCAGCAUGUCAGAAUUUCCUACCUUUUCAAAUUAUUUUGACAACCCCUAUGACAGUUUCUAUGACAUCAACCAACAGGUGGAAUAAUGUGACAGCCUUACACGUGUCCCCAUGUGUUUGCGCUGGAAAACCACUAAUAGAAACUACUGGAGAUGGAAAAACUGCACAGGGAUAUAGUCUGGGUGUGCAAGUGCUUAUGUUUGUACUGCACGGCAUGUGUUCACAUACUGUAUGUUGGCCCAAACAGUCUUGCCGACAUGUGCAGAUGACAGUAUCUACAUCACACAGACCCUCACUGCCAUGCAGAGGCAGGAGAUUUGAGUUUGGUUAGUGUUCUACGUGAAGUCUGCCAUGUCUUUCAUCCACAGCAACUAUUUAGCAUCCCAUAAUCUGCCACAGUGACCAAGUAAAAUCAAACCUUCAAUGAACACGCUGGUCAGUGACUGAAUGGUCUUGGGCUGUUAUGUGGGUUUUUCAAUUAUCAUGGCCUCUGAAGCGGAUCCAGCCAGUGCAGAUUCAUGCACCAAAAGAUAAAACACAUCACUUGUAGUGCAGGUGACAUCAGUUACUCUUCCUUUUAGGUUAACAUGUGAGAUCAGAAUGGUAUAAAUAACACACAGUACUACUGAUCUGCUCCAUUCUAACAGAAGCUGUAAGUGCCUAAUGAAAUUCUUACAUGAAUGUUUGCUUGUUUGUGCCAAUUGAGAUUUCACGUUUACAUGUCUGAUGAAGACUGUGGCUUUUUGCAAUGUCGUUGUAAUAGAAUGAUCUGUUUUAUACUUUUAUUUUUGUCUUAUCUCUUUUUCUCUCACUCUUCUUUUGCUUUUAUCAUCGAAUAUGUGAAAAAGUAUUUUAUGAGAUGUUGACAUAAUAAUAAAGACUGAUCACACCCUG